AGAUACGUCGUCGAUACGCAUUUGUUUCGCGAAAAAUGUACAGGGAAUAAUAAAUAUAACUGAUACAUAUAUAAUAAUUAGUAUAUAAAUUUACGAUAGAAAAUAAGAUUUUAUCGAAUGUUUUGUUAAUAAUAAUUAGUGAUAUAUUUAUAUAUUAUAUUAUUUUAAUAUAAAUUAAAAUAUAAGAUGUAUCUGUCGAUGUAUGAUUAUCAAGAACUUUACUUAUUGAUUGUACGCGCGAUAAAUCAUUACGUAAGAUAAUACAAUUUUUUCUUUUUUUGUUAUUAUACAUUAUCAUUAUUAUAUGUAUAUCUAAUGUAUAUAAUAUAAGUAUAUUCUUUUACUUUUUCUUAUCAUUGUUAUUAUUAUAUUAUAUAUUAUUAUGGUAAUAGUGAUAGUAAUGGUAAUAUAAAGUGGGCUACUUCUAUAGAGGAAAGUAUAAAAACAAAAUAGUGUACAAUUUUUAAUUUGAAAUUUAACAAUAUCGUAAAAAAAUGAAAUAUGGUAUGUGGGAUAUGGUAAGAAAAAAAAAAAACUUUGAUUACAUACUCAGAGAACUAACCUAUAUAAAUUCGUAAGUAUUCAUUUUUUAUUUUUUUUUUAUUUCUUUUUUUUAAUAAUAAAAGUAUUAUUUUACGAUAAGUUUUCUAUCAACUCGUUAUAACAAUUAUUAUUAACGAUUGUAAUAUAACAAUGUUCAAUAUUACUAAUAGUAUACGCGGAUACAUGAUAAAAUGUAUGACUAAAAUUAUUUUAUAUUUUAAUUAAUUUUAAAUUAUUAACUAAUUUUAAUUAUUAAUUAAUAGUUUAUCAAGCUAAAUACUAGUAUAUUCGAUUAUCUUGCUGUCAAUAAGUACACCAGUGUUAUUACCAACAAUGAAAAUCAAAUUAAAUGUUGGUAUUCCUGCUUUAGUGGAUUUUUCUCUGCAUUAAAAAUUUACUACACUUUUGAUGACAGAUCAACGUUAUAACAACAAUUGUAAUCGAGGAAAGAAAUAUAAUAUAAUUUUACGAAAAUGAAUUUGGAAUUAUUAGAAUCAUUCGGUCAGAAUUAUCCAGAGGAAUUUGAUGGUACAUUGGAUUGUAUAUCGCUUGCUGUGACAUGUACAUUUAACAAACGAGGAACCUUACUUGCUGUUGGUUGUAAUGAUGGUAGGAUAGUUAUAUGGGAUUUUCUGACACGUGGGAUAGCAAAGAUCAUCAGUGCACAUGUACAUCCAGUUUGUUCAUUGAGUUGGUCUAGAAAUGGGCAUAAGUUGCUGAGUGCUUCCACAGAUAAUAAUGUUUGCAUAUGGGAUGUUCUGUCUGGGGAAUGCGAUCAGAAAUAUAGGUUUCCUUCGCCAAUCUUAAAAGUUCAAUUUCAUCCAAGAAAUUUAAAUAAAUUUUUAGUAUGCCCAAUGAGACAUGCUGCUGUAAUGGUUGAUGUCGAAGGCACACACAGGGUCAUACCUCUUGAUGAAGACAGUGAUUUAAAUAUAGUAGCAUCAUUUGAUAGAAGAGGUGAUUAUGUAUAUACUGGAAAUGCUAGAGGUAGAAUUUUGGUCUUAGAUGCAGAAUAUUUAACUGUUAAGGCAUCUUACAAAAUUUCACAAGGUACUGCCAGUAAUACGGCAGUAAAGAGCAUUGAAUUUGCAAGACGUGGUUCAUGUUUUCUUGUUAACACUUCCGAUAGAGUAAUUCGCGUGUAUGAUAGUACAGAGAUAUUGGCAUGCGGGAAAGAUGGUGAACCAGAGCCAAUUCAAAAAUUACAAGAUCUUGUAAAUAAAACAAUGUGGAAAAAGUGCUGUUUUUCUGGAGAUGGAGAAUACGUAUGUGCUGGGUCUGCCAGACAACAUGCAUUAUAUGUUUGGGAAAAAAGUAUUGGAAACUUAGUUAAAAUUUUGCAUGGAACUAAAGGAGAACUAUUAUUAGAUGUUGUGUGGCAUCCAGUAAGACCUAUCAUAGCUUCCAUUUCAUCAGGUGUAGUUUCUAUUUGGGCACAAAAUCAAGUAGAAAAUUGGUCCGCUUUUGCGCCAGACUUUAAAGAAUUAGAUGAAAAUGUAGAAUACGAAGAGAGAGAAAGUGAAUUUGAUUUAAGCGACGAGGAUAAAUCUGUAGUACAGGGUGAAGAAGCUCAAGAUGAAGAAAUUGAGGUAGAUGUAGCAUCAAUCGACAGAGUUGCUGCAUUUUGUAGUUCAGACGAAGAGACGGAAGAUAUAGGUUCUCUUCAAUUUUUACCGAUAUCUCCAGAUGUAGAGGAUUCAGAGGAUAAUCAAACUUCUCCUCAUGAACCACCAGUAAAGAAACAUCGUUCACAUAAUAUCGAUUUACAAGGUGCACCAACUGGAGAAACACAUCCCUUAUUGAAUAAAGGAAAGGAUAAACCUACUACAAAGAAAGGCAGACCUAGAUUAGAGCAUAGAAAAGGAAAAUAAUUUUUUUUUAAUUAUUCAUCGUACUCACAGAAAUCAAUAAAACGUGUCUUAUCAUAUGUAUAUAUUACAUCUAAGUCAUUUUGUAUUGAAAAGUGCAAAUAUUAUCUUAUUAAGAGGCAUAGAAUAUUUGCAAUAACUUUUCCAUAAACAUUUCUUACAAACAAAACUUGUUAAUAUUCUCAAUGUACUGUAUAAAAAUAAUAUUUAAAAAAUUUUUAAGUUUAAUCAAAAUCUACUAAUAUUCCAUAUAUUAUAUUGAUUAUAUUUUCAUAUACUGAACGGUUUAUUGCUUACAAAAAAAAAAAUAUAAUUUAAUUUUUUAACAGAUUACAAAUAUUUAUUGAUGGAAAAAGAAAGAAAGAGAGAAAAAAAAAAAGAAGAUUUUCUAUUUAAUUUCAAAUGUAUUAUGCUAAUAAUGUAAUAAAAUUGUACAGAAUAUGUCCUUCCUAUUUACAUGUU